AUGCAUUUCUCUGCUUUCAUCGCUGCCGCCCUUACCGGCCUUGCUGCCGCUUCACCGGCUCACCAGUUUCACGACAAGAGCACCGCUCAGAUUGCUUAUACAUACUCCAACGGCACCUACACCAAGCCAAUCAGUGUGAAGAUUAACAACGGAACCCAGAAGUUGUCUUCUGGCGGUACCGUCACCGACGUCUUCGUCGCGCCCCCCUUUGAUGGCCGCCGCUACAUCCUCACUUCGUGCUCUUUCCAGGCUCCUACUAACAAGAGCCUCGGGGCUGUCUCGAUCCGCAAACCGACGACUGUGCCGGUUCACCCACCUGCUGCAGUUGGCUUCGUGACUUGCACGUCCGACUAA